UUAAUUCAAAUGGGCCAACUCUUCAAGACGUGAAGAAGACUAGGAAGAUAGCUUGUCCAGAUUCACAAUCUCACAAAACACAAAAAUAAAAAUCAAGAAGAAGAAAAAACAGAGCAAGAAGAAAACACAACCAUGGAAGAAUCACAACAAGUUCUUCCUCUACUAACAAAAGCCAAAGAUCUGACAAAACCAUCAUCAUCAUCCUCGGCAUCAUCAUCUUCAUCUUCUGAACCAAGAGAUGAUGAAACAGAGGAUCUUCUUUUACCAAUCUCCGGCGAAGAAGAAGAAGAAGAAGAAGAGAACUCACCAAUCCGACAAGUAGCACUCACCGUUCCGACAACAGAUGAUCCUUCAUUACCUGUCCUAACAUUUCGCAUGUGGGUCUUGGGAACUCUCUCUUGCAUCCUCUUGUCCUUCCUCAAUCAGUUCUUUUGGUACAGAACAGAACCUCUCACUAUCUCUGCCAUCUCCGCCCAAAUCGCCGUCGUACCUCUUGGUCGUCUCAUGGCCGUCCGUUUAAUGUGAAGGAGCAUGUGUUGAUCACUAUUUUCGCUAACGCGGGAGCUGGAUCUGUUUACGCAAUACACGUUGUUACCGUCGUGAAAGCGUUUUACAUGAAGAACAUAACGUUCUUUGUCUCUUUUCUCGUUAUCGUCACCACCCAAGUGUUAGGGUUUGGUUGGGCCGGAAUAUUUAGGAAAUACCUCGUUGAACCGGCGGCGAUGUGGUGGCCGGCGAAUCUUGUUCAAGUCUCUCUUUUUAGAGCGUUGCAUGAGAAAGAAGAACGGACCAAAGGAGGGCUGACACGUACACAGUUCUUCGUGAUAGCAUUCGUUUGCAGUUUCGCUUAUUAUGUCUUUCCGGGCUACUUAUUUCAAAUCAUGACGUCUUUGUCGUGGGUUUGUUGGUUCUUUCCAUCAUCAGUCAUGGCCCAACAGAUCGGGUCCGGUCUUCACGGGUUAGGUGUUGGAGCCAUUGGACUCGACUGGUCAACCAUUUCCUCUUACUUGGGUAGUCCACUCGCUAGUCCAUGGUUUGCUACGGCUAAUGUGGGUGUGGGAUUUGUGCUGGUGAUAUACGUCUUGGUACCAAUAUGCUAUUGGCUCGAUGUGUUCAAGGCUAAGACUUUCCCCAUAUUUUCGAGCUCCCUUUUUACAGAACAGGGUUCAAAAUACAACAUCACAUCCAUUAUAGACUCAAAUUUCCACCUUGACCUCCCAGCCUACGAGCGUGAAGGCCCUUUGUACCUUAGUACUUUUUUCGCCAUUAGUUACGGUGUUGGUUUUGCUGCUUUAAGCGCUACCAUCAUGCAUGUUGCUCUCUUCCAUGGAAGGGAGAUAUGGGAGCAAAGUAAGGAGAGUUUCAAAGAGAAAAAAUUGGAUGUACACGCGAGGCUAAUGAAAAGGUACAAACAAGUUCCAGAGUGGUGGUUUUGGUGCAUACUCGUUACCAAUAUUGCAGCCACAAUCUUUGCUUGUGAGUAUUACAAUGACCAACUUCAAUUACCAUGGUGGGGUGUUCUAUUGGCAUGUACAAUCGCCAUUAUCUUCACACUUCCUAUCGGUAUAAUCACCGCCAUCACCAACCAGGCACCCGGAUUGAACAUUAUUACAGAAUAUAUCAUAGGAUAUAUCUAUCCAGGGUAUCCAGUUGCAAAUAUGUGCUUUAAAGUAUAUGGAUACAUAAGCAUGCAACAAGCCAUCACUUUUCUUCAAGACUUCAAACUUGGUCACUACAUGAAGAUUCCACCUAGAACCAUGUUCAUGGCACAGAUUGUUGGAACACUCAUCUCAUGUCUGGUUUACCUCACAACGGCUUGGUGGCUAAUGGAGACCAUCCCCAACAUAUGUGAUACGGUUUCCAAUUCGGUGUGGACAUGUCCAUCCGAUAAAGUCUUUUACGAUGCAUCCGUGAUAUGGGGACUAAUUGGACCUCGUAGAAUCUUUGGAGAUCUUGGUUUAUACAAAUCCGUUAACUGGUUCUUCCUCGUGGGAGCUAUAGCCCCAAUUCUUGUAUGGUUAGCGUCAAGGAUGUUUCCUAGACAAGAGUGGAUCAAGCUUAUAAACAUGCCGGUUCUUAUAAGCGCGACAAGCUCGAUGCCACCAGCAACAGCCGUGAACUACACAACAUGGGUUCUUGCCGGAUUUUUAUCCGGCUUUGUUGUGUUUAGGUACAGACCAAAUCUAUGGCAAAGGUAUAAUUAUGUUUUGUCAGGAGCAUUGGAUGCUGGAUUAGCAUUUAUGGGAGUGUUGCUCUAUAUGUGUUUGGGACUUGAGAAUGUGAGUUUGGAUUGGUGGGGAAAUGAGCUUGAUGGUUGUCCUUUGGCCUCUUGUCCAACCGCGCCAGGUAUUAGCGUUGAAGGUUGCCCGCUUUAUACGUAAAACCGCGACUCAAUUCGAUUGGGAAAAUGGCGAAUACAUUUACUUCCUCCGCUAAAGUUUGGCCGCUGGAUUUGGUGGUUAUGUUUGUAAAUAUCAUUUUUUUACCUUCAUUCUCAUAAACAGUGUGAGAUUGUUGUGUGUAUAAAUUGUAAAGAUGGUUUAAUACCUAGGGUGGGGUAUUCAACAAUUUGGAUUAUUUCAGUUUUUUUUUUCUUUCUUUGUUUGUUAAAUAUUAUUUCAGUUUCUUGAGUUUUUUAAACAUUCAUAAUCAAUUGAAACCAUUUUUUAUU